AUGUCUAAAGAAAAAAACAAACAGGUUAUUAUAAUUGGUGGGUCAUAUGCUGGGAUUUUGGCUUUGAAGACGUUGCUCAAAUCAUCAGCAAUUGAAUUGAACAUCACUUUAAUUUCACCAAACGAUUCAGGGUACUUCAAUGCUGCAGCUCCAAGAUUAUUGAUUGAACCAGAAAGUAUCGAGAAAACUAUAUUUCCUAUUAAACCUACUAUUGAAAAAUUAACAAAUGGAUCUAUCCACACAGCAAAAUUUAUCCAAGGAGUGGUCACCAAAGUUGAUUUGUCCAAUCGAAAGGUAUUUGUCGACAACGAUUCUGAAAUUGAUUAUGACAAUUUGAUCGUUGCUUCUGGUGCAAGAGCCAAAUCACCAGCAUUUAAGUUAACCAACAACAAUGAUCAGAAUUAUACCAUAAAGGCAAUUUUGGAGCUUGGUGAUGAGAUAAAAGCGGCCAAGAGUAUUGCUGUGAUUGGUGGUGGAAGUACCGGUGUUGAGACAUCUGCUGAAAUUGCAUUCAAAUAUUCUGACAAGAACGUUGUAUUAUACACUGGUGCUUCUAGACCUUUGCCCUCAUUACCUAAAUCCACCAGUUCCAAAGCAACAGGCAAGUUGAAUCAACUUGGAAUAGAAAUUGUUAAUGGCGAGAGGGUUAAUGUCAACGGCAAAAUGAUUGAGUUUGCAGAUGGUUCAACAAAGUCAUUUGAUUUGAUCAUUGAAACACUGGGUCUUUUGCCCAACACUGAAUUCCUCCCUAAGAAGGUUUUGAAUGAAUAUGGAUAUGUUGAAACAGAUGAAUAUCUUCGUUUGAAAGAUUACCACAAUGUGAUAUGUUUAGGAGACGUUGUUGCCCUGGGUGCAAACUCAAUAGUUGAUCUUGUAUAUACUCAAAAACCCAUUUUUGAAAAGACUGUUGAAUACGAAGUGGGCGAUAACAAUUCAACUCAAUUGAAAGCCUACCAGAAAGCCAGCGGGAUUACUACACUCAUCCCAAUUGGUAGAAAUGGGGGAGUUGGAUUAUUGUUUGGCUAUUGUGCUCCAAGUUUGUUAGUUUGGUUUGCUAAGGCAAAAGAUUUUAUGAUUUCUAAGGCUGGUGAACAUUUUACUUGA